AUGGUGAUAUUCGGAAUCAGCAUCGUCGACUACCUAUAGUCCACUCGGUUUCGUUGAAAAAGCGAUUUAUCAGUUGGGGUACUUCCCUCGUCAGUAGACCAUUUUUACAUUUGACUUUAUUCAAUCAACAACACAUGCUAAUGGUUUAUUAUCCAAUACAAUGACUAAUUAUCAAUUAAGAUUAGUUUCAUUUCUUGACGUUCUUUAUUAUCAUCUAACAACUCAGCUAUCACAGUAUAAUCAAGGAAAUUGCACAUGUGAUAAUCCAACAAAAUGUUUCGAAUUAUCAGCAAUAUAUAAUAGUAAUUUUUCUAUUCAAUUUCAAUUACCGGGCUUUUAUUUAGGUUGUUCAAGAUUCAAAUAGUGCCAAAUAUGGUUUGAUUUACGCGUAAUUUAAUGGCUCUGUUUGUUACAAGUUGCGAUAUUCUCGGAAAUUUUUAAGUUUCCCAUACCCAGUCUCCAAAAUGCAUGAAAAUUCCGGAAAUAUUCGUCGACAUACGCUGCAUCUAUGGUGUAUGCAAUUUUAUUCAUUAUUCAUGUGAGUAAAUUUUCACUACUUACUUAUACUUCUCAUCAUAUCUCUUCUAUAGCUUUUCAAAAAAAACACUUUUAAUUAGGGGGAAAAGGAAGAAGUUUCAUUAUGAAGUUUUCUUCUUUUGUUGCUAUUGUAUAGUCAGAGACCAUACAGGGAUAGUAGACAAAAAUGUCCAUAAAAGAUACAUAUAAAACUGUCAAGAAUAAAGUAUUAAAAUAUAAUUUAUUUUCUGAUUAUCCACCCACAACCGAUGAACAUGAUUUAAAAACAGAAUUAAUAUCAACACGUUGUUAUUUGUUCAUAUUUGUUUUAUCGUUGAUUCUUCUUCUUCUAUACGGAACUGUAUUACCACGUACGAAAACAGUAAUAGUUCAAUUACCAACACAAGAACAGUAUAUACACUUGUAUGAACAACAUUCACAAACAUUAAUAUGUUUAUGUUCAUUAAUUGCUGUUCCAUUUGGAAAACUUAUUACACAAUUUACACCAACUUAUCACGAAGUUUGUUCAUCACAAUUUGUUCAUGAUGAAUGGAUAAAAUAUCUUAACAGCGAGCCACAAAGUAAGAAAAAGAGUGUGUAAGAGGGAACAGUGAUCUACUACAACGUUAAUUAUAACCUGCUGACGUUCUUCUCUCUCGG